AUGAAUGCAUCACGACUAUUGCAGUUCAUUGUUGCAAUAUUGCAUGUAAGUGGUUUGUCAAGUAAUCGUUACGCAGAUCAACUCUAUGAGGAUUUAUUAUAUUUCUACAACAAAAAUGUAAGACCAGUACGAAAUGCAAGCAGUGCUGUACAAGUUAAAUUUGGUGCAUCACUGAUUCGAAUUAUCGAUGUGGUUAGUUCUCAUAACUUCAAACUGAUAAUUUUAAAAACAAUUCUUAAAAUAUGA